AUGCUGAUGAAAGUUUUUAUUGCAGAAAAAGUGAAUAACUUCCCUCCCCUGCCGAGGUUCAUCCCCUUGAAGCCAUGUUUCUACCAGGACUUCGAUGCAGAGAUCCCGCCACAGCACCGCACCAUGGCCAAGCGGCUUUACUACCUCUGGAUGUUGAACAGCAUCACCUUGGCAGUGAAUCUCGUUGGCUGCCUCGCAUGGCUGAUUGGAGGCGGUGGAGCUGUUAAUUUUGGACUGGCAAUUCUCUGGCUCAUUCUCUUUACGCCCUGCUCCUAUGUCUGCUGGUUUAGACCUAUUUACAAAGCUUUCAAGACAGACAGUUCCUUCAGCUUCAUGGCCUUCUUCUUCACCUUCAUGGCCCAGCUGGUGAUCAGCAUUAUCCAGGCAGUGGGAAUCCCUGGCUGGGGUGUCUGCGGCUGGAUUGCAGCGAUUUCCUUCUUUGGGACCAACGUGGGGUCGGCCGUGGUGAUGCUGAUCCCCACUGUCCUGUUCACGGGGAUGGCGGUCUUCUCCUUCAUCGCUCUCACCAUGGUGCAUAAGUUUUACCGGGGGAGCGGGGGGAGCUUCAGCAAAGCCCAGGAGGAGUGGACCACAGGGGCAUGGAAGAACCCCCAUGUCCAGCAGGCAGCACAGAGCGCAGCGAUGGGGGCGGCGCAGGGGGCCAUGAUGCAGCACGAGACGCAGUACUCUGCCACCCCAAACUACACCUACUCCAACGAGAUGUGAGCAGCAGGACUGUGUCCUCGGGUGAAAGAGCUGGGGUGGGGAGGGAGGAGGAGGAUGGCUGAGUUGAGUUUCUGCAGCUAUUUCAGAAAGUUGGAGUGUACCAUAAUGGUUCUUCUUUUCCCAAUCUUUGUAACGAGAUCGUUUUGGAUUUUUUCUCUC